AUGGGUAACAUCGGUAGGAGAAACGAAAUGCCUCAACAGUCAAUCUUAGAAGUCGAAGUUUUCGAUGUUUGGGGAAUAGAUUUCAUGGGACCUUUCAACCCACCCUCGAAUGGAAACAUAGUAGUGAUCAGUGACGGAGGGACCCACUUCAUUAACAGAGUUUUCGAUGGACUGUUACGGAAGCACGGGGUCAAGCAUAAAGUUGCGACAGCUUACCCACAAACCAGUGGACAAGUGGAAGUAAGUAAUAAACAGUUCAAGGCGAUAUUAGCCAGAAUCGUGGGAAUCACAAAAAAGGAUUGGUCAUUCAAGUUAGAUGAUGCGUUAUGGGCUUACAGGACAGCUUACAAAACACCAAUUGUGCGAACGCCCUUCCAGCUUCUUUAUGGAAAAAAUUGUCACCUUCCGGUUGAGGUAGAGUAUAAGGCAAUCUGGGCAACUAAACUCCUGAAUCUAGACAUAAAAACUGCUCAAGAAAGGAGAGCGAUGGAUCUCCACGAACUUGAUGAAAUAAGGUUAGAGGCUUAUGAUAAUUCAAAGAUUAACAAGGAACGAACUAAAGCCUUUCCUGACAAAAAGAUCCAACACAAGGAUUUGAGAGCUGGAGACAAAUUCCUUUUAUUUAACUCAAGGCUUCGACUGUUCCCCGGGAAACUCAAGUCGAGAUGGUCAUGA